CCUUCUAGCUUUUGAUGUAAGCUAGAGGUUAGGUCUUUUGCAACGAGAAAGGACAGCGACUACUUUGUAUUUAUUUAGCGGCAAAAUACAUGUCUUCCUCAAGUUCCUGGUAAUGUCAUUUAACAUGAAUCCAUUACUAUAGUGGCCGUUACAGCUGGUCUGCUGUGUUGUGACAAAUAUGAGUAAAUACAUUCUCCCAGUGUCAGCGUUUGGCACAGUGUUUGGCUGCGUGGUUCUCCUCAAGAAUCAUGUUUCUGGGGGCGCAUGUCCAUCUAAAGUCAAGAUCCCUGGGAAGACAGUGGUCAUCACAGGUGCUAACACAGGCAUCGGCAAGGAAACUGCCCGGGAGCUGGCCAGGAGAGGUGGCAGGAUUAUUAUGGGAUGUCGUGACAUGGAGAAGUGUGAAGCAGCAGCUCGUGAGAUCAGAGGAAAGACACUGAACAAACAAGUCUACGCCAGACACAUUGACCUGGCCUCCAUCAAAUCCAUAAAGGCCUUUGUCCAAAAGAUCAAGGAGGAGGAAGAACGUGUGGAUGUGUUAAUAAAUAAUGCUGGAGUAAUGCGGUGUCCUCCAGGGAAGACAGAAGAUGGAUUUGACAUGCAGUUUGGGGUCAACUAUCUUGGUCACUUUCUAUUGACCAAUCUCCUACUGGAUAAGUUGAAAGGCUCUGCCCCAAGCAGGAUCAUCAACCUGUCAUCUGUGGCGCAUGUCGGUGGUGAGGUGAACUUUGAUGACCUGAACUGGGACCACCGAAAGUUUGACACGAGGAAAGCAUACAGCCAAAGCAAACUUGCUAUUGUACUCUUCACACGAGAGCUUGCUAAGAGACUACAGGGUACUGGUGUUACCGUCAAUGCUGUCCAUCCAGGUGUAGUGGCCACAGACUUGGGGAGACACACCGGUCUGCACCAGUCACAGCUCUCCAGCAUAGUGCUUUCGCCGUUUUUCUACUUGUUUGUGAAGUCUCCCACUCUCGGGGCUCAGUCCAGUGUCUACCUGGCCGUUGCUAAGGAGUUGGAGGGCACUUCUGGCCGUUACUAUGACGCGAUGACCGAGAAGGAUCCGGCUCCACACGCACUUGAUGAGAACACAUCAGAGCGACUGUGGGACGCCAGCAUCGCACUGCUGGGACUCAACAGCACACAAACGUCUCACAUGCACAUGCACAUCCCAUGUCUCAGAGUGCCAUAAAAGCAGUGUCUUCUGAACUCACUGGAGACGGCGCCUUUCCCACCAUGACCUCUGAGCCAAUCAAAUCAACAGUUUAACGUGGUUGGACAUGCUUUAAUGCAACUUGAAUUCUGGAGGAUGCUUGAUUUUCUUGCAUUGUGGAAAUAAUUUUGAAGGACAAACUGAAAUUCACACCACAAAUAUUACACAAUAAAUCAAUAUUUGAUGUGGGAAUGCCAUACCAUACAUUUUGCAGUGGUCUUCAACAUGACUGUGUGAUAACUGUUAAAACUCUCCACAAGGAUUUAUUAAAGGAGCUUUCUGACAAA